AUGGCAGUCGCAACACUUUAUGUAACCAUCACGACAUACGGGACAGCUGAGCCUGAGACUGGGGAGACGGUAACGAACAUCGACUUCAACCAAAGCGCAGCCGGGAAGCUAGCUGGUACAAUUGAAAAGCGGACGUUGACUUGGAAACCCAAAGAGCAUAAGGACUAUAUCUUUGGUGAGGUUCAAGGCCGGAGCCAGUUUGUUUUGGGGUCUCCGGACAACGACGGUCACAUCCGGCCAGAGUUUGAGUUGCAGAGUGAUGUAGAUGACGCACAAAAAGUGAAGAGGUUUCUACGGGGCGAGACUCUCCUCGACUCUCGCGAGGAAGCAGGAUUCAUAUGUGAAGAGUCCAACGGUGUUUGGGUACAUACCUUUGAACGUGGCGUCUCUUCUGGCUGGACAACUGAGCAGAUUUGGGGUUUCGAACUCAUAGAUAACAAGCGCCACUUCACUCGCCGGGUAGCUGUUGUCAAUGCCGGGGGACGAUACUUAUGUGUGAGGCUCGUUUUUGAUUAUGAACACCCAAAGUAG